CAGAAGGCUAGCUUGGAUUUGCACUCGGCGCGACCUAGAGGGCAGGGCGGUCAUGUUCAAGGGGCGGGGGCUCUGGCCAAGGGCCUGGCUGGGGCGGGCCAGCCGGCGGGGCAUUUAAACCUCAGCCGAUGCUCAGCUCUGCACCCUCCGUGGUCCCCGCUUCGUCCCAGCUUCGCGUAUCUGCCCCAACAAGAUGCGGUCUUCCCUGGCUCCGGGUGUCUGGUUCCUCCGUGCCUUCUCUAGGGACAGCUGGUUUCGUGGCUUCAUCCUGCUGCUCACCUUCCUCAUUUAUGCCUGUUAUCACAUGUCCAGAAAGCCCAUCAGCAUUGUUAAGAGCCGCCUGCACCAGAACUGUUCAGAUAUGGUCAGACCCGAUAAUGACACCCACGAUCUCAAUGAUACCACCUGGUGUAGCUGGAGUCCAUUUGACAAAGAUGACUACAAGGAGUUACUGGGAGCUGUGGACAAUGCUUUCCUAGUGGCUUAUGCCAUUGGCAUGUUUAUUAGUGGAAUCUUUGGGGAGCGGCUGCCCCUCCGUUACUACCUUUCAGCUGGAAUGGUGCUAAGUGGCCUGUUCACUUCCCUCUUUGGCCUCGGGUACUUCUGGGAUAUCCAUAUGCUCUGGUACUUUGUGCUCAUCCAGAUCUGCAACGGACUUGUUCAGACUACAGGCUGGCCGUCUGUGGUGACCUGUGUUGGCAACUGGUUUGGGAAGGGAAAGCGGGGGUUCAUCAUGGGCAUCUGGAAUUCCCACACAUCCGUGGGCAACAUUCUGGGCUCCCUGAUCGCUGGAGUCUGGGUAAACGAGCAGUGGGGCCUGUCCUUCAUCGUGCCUGGUGUUAUCACCGCUGUCAUGGGCAUCAUCACCUUCCUCUUUCUCAUUGAAUAUCCAGAAGAUGUGGACUGCACCCCUCCUCAGCACCAUGAUGACCUGGAGAAGGAACAGGACAACCCUGAGGAUCCUGUGAAUAAUCCCUACCCCAGCAGGGACAGUAAUGUGGACAUUACAGCCAGCUCCUCCAAGGAACAGAGCCAUGAGCCUGAAGCCAUCAGUUUCCUGGGGGCACUCAAAAUCCCGGGUGUGAUCGAGUUCUCUCUGUGUCUGCUCUUUGCCAAGUUGGUCAGCUACACCUUUCUCUACUGGCUGCCCCUGUACAUCUUCAAUGUAGCUCACUUUAGUGCCAAGGAGGCCGGGGACCUAUCCACGCUCUUUGACGUUGGUGGCAUCAUAGGUGGCAUCGUGGCAGGGCUCAUCAGCGACUACACCAAUGGCAGGGCCACCACCUGCUGCAUCAUGCUGAUCUUGGCUGCUCCCAUGAUGUUCCUGUACAACUACAUUGGCCAGAACGGGAUAACCAGCUCCAUAGUGAUGUUAAUUAUCUGUGGAGUCCUCGUUAAUGGCCCCUAUGCACUCAUCACCACAGCGGUCUCUGCUGACCUGGGCACACAUGAGAGCCUGCAGGGUAACGCCAAGGCCCUCUCCACUGUCACAGCCAUCAUCGACGGCACCGGCUCCAUAGGUGCUGCUCUGGGGCCCCUGCUGGCUGGGCUCAUUUCCCCCACGGGCUGGAACAAUGUCUUCUACAUGCUCAUCUCUGCUGACAUCCUGGCUUGCUUGCUCCUCUGCAGGCUGGUAUACAAAGAGAUCCUGGCCUGGAAGAUGUCCCGGAGCAGAAGCAGCGGCUCUAGUCUGGCCCUAACCCACCCGCGAUAGUAUUUUCCUCAAGUCCCAUGACUUCUGUAUAAACAAAUAUGAGGCCUCAGUUGAAGAGCGACAUGGAGGGUCCCUGUUGGGUACCCAACGUGCUCCCUAUGAGCAAGAGAAUGGAAACCUCCAUCACAGAGGGCCAGCCCAAACCCACACUGCCACUAAAGGUACAGAAGACUCUCUGGGAAGGGACUGCUGAGCACCAAGCAUGGGAAAACGGAAGUUGGAAGGCCUCAGCUCUGAGAGCUGCAAUCAGAAAGC